AUGCCACGGAAUGCCCUCUCCCCAGAUGGCUCCAUCACCAUACCAGGUCCGGCCGUUCCAGAACGGCCGUCGAAAGCCUCAACAGCAUCGGCAGCUCCAUCAACGGCGAAAUGGAACACGGAGAAGCUGGGCAUGCGCCUCGGCGUGGACAUCGCCAGCGCAAUGACAGCGGGUGCACUGACCUGUCCCGUCAUCACGGUCAUUGACCG